AUGGCUAGACAAUUCAAGAUUUCUCCCCAUGAUCGUUUCCCAGACCAAGCGACCAACCUAUCCUCUCACAUUGGGACGACUAACAAUAUUGUGAAAAAGAAGCUUACUCCCACUCAAGUUGCCCCAUUUAAGAAGACUGUAUUUGACCGAUUUGUUGACAUGGACAUUAUCUUCAAUAGUCCAUUGAUCCACUACAUUCUAUUGAGGGAGGUUGAAGACUAUAGGAAGGAUUCAAUGACAUUCGAUUUGAAUGGUACAGUUGUAACAUUCAUCAAAGAAGACUUCCUAUUAGUGAUAGGAUUGUGGCGGUCACCCAAUUCAAUAGUUGUGAGAAGGGCUGAAGAAACUAUAUCUCUACAUAAUAGGUACUUGAGGAAUAACUUCGCAGGGGACACCCAUAUUGGUACCUUAGAGACAAUGUACAAGGAGAUAGAGUUUGAUAAUGAUGUGGAUGCUGUGAAGAUGACAUUGGUUUACUACACUGAAUUGGCUAUGAUGGGAAGGGAGAAGACGAAGGCCAAUGUCGACAAGACCUUAUUAAUUGACGUGGAGGAUUUAGAUUACUUCAACUCCAUGUAUUGGGGAAAAACAAGGAUCAUGCCCAUACCAUUGAUCAUGUCCGAUAGGGAGAGGUGGUAUAGGGACACUAGAGUCGAUGAACGACCCGUAUACAAGCGCAUUGAUGCCGAGACGACAUCCAUAGAGACACAUAGAUCACAUCAUGAUGAGGAUGUUCAUAGUCACUUCAAUGACUAUGAGAGUCACGAGCAUCACACCCACAAGCCAGAACUCGAUGAACAUCAGUCUCAAGAGCUCCCUAUCGAUGAGCAUGAGAUUCACCCUCUUCAGAACAAGUCUCACGAGCUCCCUACUGACGAGCAUGUGCCCUCAACUGAGGAGCAAGGGUCAUCUCAGUUGAAUACAAUGCAUUCUGAGCCCAUGAGAGUGUGGGCAUUCACACAUCGCUCCGUGACAUAG